UUUGCUCUCGCCGUGUCUGAGUGCAAAAAGUGCAAGUAACACGAACAGAACUAUUACUGCCCAGCUGAGGUUAUGUUUUUUAAAACAAACCAUUUAUGUAUCAGCUGUUAUUUCUGCGUAAGAUAAAUAUCAUUAUCUGAAAAUUAUGGGUAAAAAGGGCAAAGGAGGAGGUAGCAAUUUAGGGAAAUCCUUGAUCAAAGAUCGUUUCGGAUCCAGAAGAACCAAGAGGAGUGGUGAAUCGUCUAUGCUCCACACCUCAGAGAUCAAUGACGGUUACGAUUGGGGUCGACUCAACUUGCAGUCGGUUACAGAGGAAAGUUCAUUUCAAGAUUUCUUGUCAACCGCCGAAUUAGCGGGAACCGAGUUCAACGCGGAAAAAUUAAAUGUUAAAUUUGUGCAUCCUCACAGUCAUGGCUUGCUCUCGAAAGAUGUAAUGAAAACAGUACUAAAAAAGCAGGAAGAAAAUAAAGAUUCCGUCAAGAUACCAAGAAGGCCGAAAUGGGACAGUUCUAUAAGCAGCCACGAGUUACAGACACGCGAGAAAGAGGCGUUUUUAGAGUGGCGACGUCACUUGGCCACAUUACAAGAAGUGGAGGGUUUAAUGUUGACACCUUACGAGAAGAAUUUAGAGUUCUGGCGACAAUUGUGGCGGGUGGUUGAACGCAGCGAUGUGGUUGUACAAAUUGCAGACGCGCGCAAUCCGCUUCUCUUUCGUUGCGAGGACUUGGAGCGUUACGUUAAGGAGAUUGAUCCCAACAAAUUGAAUAUGAUUCUCCUUAAUAAAGCAGAUUUCUUAACAGACGCACAGAGACAGACGUGGGCAAAAUAUUUUACAGAUCUAAAUGUACAGGUAGCCUUCUUUUCCGCUACAUUAGCAGCAGAGAGACAGGUGAUUCAAGAAGAGGAAGAAGAUGAAGCGAGGUCAACUGAUAAGGAUGACCGCGAUCAUUCCGGUAACGAGAGUAAGAACAGUGGGGACGAAUCGGCGAACUCGGAAUUCGAGUCGGAAUCUGAAUACGAAAGCGCGGAGGAUGGCGACCCCGACACAUGCGCUGUACCUGAUGAAACAAAAGCCGAUAACAGCGAGCAACAAAUGGAAACUCAACAAUGUAGCGAAUUGGAGAAUUUAAAAAUUUCCGCGACGGACUCGGAAAUGAAGAAAAUAAUCAAUUCGUCAAAAUUACUAAACAGAGACGAUCUUAUAAAAUUAUUUAAAACGAUUUACAGCGGUAAUAAAACAUACACAAACGGAGUGACGACAAUCGGCUUGGUAGGAUAUCCAAAUGUCGGCAAGAGUUCCACCAUCAAUGCCCUGCUCAUGGAUAAGAAAGUCUCUGUGUCGGCCACGCCGGGCAAGACCAAGCAUUUUCAAACGUUGUAUCUGGACAAGGAUCUGUUGUUGUGCGAUUGUCCGGGCUUGGUAAUGCCGAGUUUUGUUUGCACGAAAGCGGAUAUGAUCCUGAAUGGUAUACUGCCGAUCGAUCAGAUGCGGGACCAUGUACCAGCGAUUACUUUACUGGCUACGUUGAUACCGAAGCACGUUCUGGAGGAUCUAUAUGGCUUCAUGUUGCCUGUUCCAACAGAAGGAGAUGAUCCGGGUCGUGCACCGACCGCGGAGGAGCUUUUAAACGCGCAUGGCUACAACAGAGGUUUCAUGACGCAGAAUGGUCAGCCAGAUAACCCGCGUUCGGCGAGAUACAUUUUGAAGGAUUUCGUUAAUGGCAAAUUGUUGUAUUGUGUCGCACCGCCGAUGCUCGAACAGGAGUGUUUUCACGCAUUCCCGCCGCGACGGCGGAAUUUGUCCGCGAACAGGCACAUACCGCCCCGAACAGUUCGCGUAAAUCAAGGAUGCGGAGUAACGGUCAACAACCUGGAUCGGAAGUUUUUCCAGAACGUACACGUGAAGGGACGCCGUGGACCUGUACUACAACACUCUAUAACGCACGCAGGAUCAACGGUCAGUUUAACAGAAUCGACUGACGAUCAGUCUGACAAAGUGAAGAAACCGUGGAAGAUAAUUAAUAAACAUGUUAAUAAGAAUAAACGUGAGAAAGCCCGAAGAUUGUACGCUCAUCUCGAUCAACAUUGAAUGCGAAAAGUAUCACACUGGUCUCUGCACUUCCCAGAAUCUAUUAUUCUUUGUAAUGUUAAACUUAACAGCUGUACGAUUGUUCUAUUAUGUACGGGCAUGCAAACGUAUAUGCACGUCACAGGUUUAUAAUCCACAUGCAAUCGUGCAAUCGUAUACGAUAUGCGUACGUGUAUAUAUUUGUAUAUACGCUGAAAUUAAAUAUUUUAUAUUU